ACACAAAAACUAGCAUCACCACUAGAAAGCCAUUGUUACAGUGUUGAGAACCUGCAUUGUUAAAAAAGAAAUGACCUAGAAAUUUUAGAUAUAAAAUUCAGCUUUUUAAAAGAAACAGUGAAAGAUUUCCAGCAUAUUGGGCAGACCUUCUAUGGAAAAUGUUUGAGAGAACAUGGAUAAGUAUGAUAAGAAGAUAUAGAUAAUUUGUGAUUUGUAUCAUCAAAAGAAAUACUCAUAUAAGAUCACAAAUCUAUCAUGGUAUGUAAUUAUUACCAAAAAAAUUACAUAGUUAUUUAUAUGAGUAUAUUGUGUGUGUGUGUAGUAAACAGCAUACUAGUAAGAUUAGAAUAGCCACAAGGAACAAAUUUUUAUUUGGCUAGUGACUAGGGAAAAUUAAAAGUUGUAAAUGAGUUUCACUUCAAAGGGGAUUUUUAUUUUUAUAUUUAUAAAUAAAAUAGGAAACUCUGGAAACUAGGGAUACAUAAAAGUCAGAGAAAUAAUUAGAAUGAGUUAAAGCUUAUUUCACCUGAAAGAGACAAGGCUCCAAGGUGACAAUGCCCCAAUAUAAAUAAUAGCUAGCUAUUCAUCUGUACUGACAAAAGAAAAGAAAUAGUCAUAUUGUAAUGAGGGACUUAGAUUAUGCACAAAUUAAUCAUUAAACACUGGCAGAGAGGGCAGAAGGAGACUCUGGAAUACCCUCUAACAGUGAGACAAAUUAAAUGUGGUAUUGUUUAAAGGAGGACAGAAACAUAAGAUUUUUAAUGAAUAAGAUCAAAUUUCCAUUCCUCCAAAAGAGCAGUAUCUGACAAAACUGACAUGUUUAAGGAUCAGAUAUAUAAGUAUAUAAUUAUAUAAUUAAAGAGCAUAUAUAAAAAAUAAAGGCAUUUUCUUUUAUGGCCCAGCAAAAGAAACUUCUGAGCUCCCAGGUUUGUUCACCAUAGAACUCUUAAAAAAAAAAAAAAACAAAAAGUACUAUCUCAUAUACAACCCUGACCAAUUGCUUCACCAACGGAAAGAGGAACACAAAAAGCAAAGUAGCUGAUAAAGUUAAGUUCAAACCACUUUAGCUAAGGAAGCACUGGUUUAACUCCUGUUAGUAUUGGAAGGUUGCUAGAAAUGACUGAACUGCAUAAUCUGAAAGCAUGAAAACUUCAUUCAAGAAAAAUACCAGAUCACUUUUGCUUCCCAUAUCCACAUAGAGGAGAAGAAAGUCACACUUUCAAUGACUGAAAUUUCCACUCACGCCCUGCCUUGCUCUUCCUAUGACAACAUGGAUAAUCAAAGUAGCCAAAGCCAAAAUGACUCAUCAAGGACAUCAAAUGCUGUCCCCUGCACUAUGGAUGAACAAUUACUGUCUGUUGUUCUAACAGUUUUCUACUCCUUUAUUUUUAUUGUGGGACUUGUUGGAAACAUCAUAGCUCUUUAUGUAUUUUUGGGAAUACAUCGUAAAAGAAAUUCUAUUCAGAUUUACCUGCUUAAUGUAGCCAUUGCAGAUCUCCUACUCAUCUUUUGCCUCCCCUUCCGAAUACUGUAUCAUGUUAACAAAAACAUCUGGAUAUUGGGUGUAAUUCUCUGCAAGACAGUGGGAACGCUAUUCUACAUGAAUAUGUAUAUCAGCAUUAUUCUUUUGGGUUUGAUCAGUUUGGAUCGUUAUAUAAAAAUUAAUCGAUCUAUUCAUCAACAUAAAGUAUUAACAACUAAACAAAGCAUUUACAUUUGCUGUACAGUGUGGGCAGUAGCAAUAACUGGAUUUUUAACUAUGAUCAUUUCAACACUUAAGAAAGAAGGCCAUAAUUCUACAAUGUGUUUCCAUUACAGAGACAAGCAUAAUGCAAAGGGGGAAGCAAUAUUUAAUUAUAUCAUAGUGAUCGUGUUUUGGUUAAUUUUUCUUCUGCUAAUCCUUUCUUAUAUUAAAAUUGCCAGUUACCUUUUAAAGAUUUCUAAAAGGAGGGCCAAUUUCCCUAAUUCUGGAAAAUAUCAUACCACAGCACGUAAUUCCUUCAUUGUGCUUAUUAUUUUCACUAUAUGUUUUGUUCCUUAUCACGCUUUUAGAUUCAUUUAUAUAACAUCACAGCUAAAAACACCUGAUUGUUACUGGAAGGAGAUUUUCCACAAUAUCAAUGAGAUCAUGCUUGUUCUCUCAUCUUUUAAUAGCUGCUUAGAUCCAGUUAUGUACUUUCUGAUGUCCAGCAACAUCCGCAAAAUUAUAUACCAACUUCUUUCAAGAAGAUUAAAAGGAGAAUCAAGCAGAAGUGAAAGUACUUCAGAAUUUAGAGCAGGCCAAGGCCAUUCUCUGCAUGAUAUUUCUGUUAGUGUCAAAUAUGAUCAACAUUUAAGAGUACUGAGAUGAACAUGUUACAAAGAAUUAUCAAUUACUGUCUUUUACCAAAACUAUUUACUAACUAAUGCUAAGGCCUACAAGUAUUAUUAUUAAAGAACUACAAAAUUCAGUAAUGAUAUUUCUAGCAUUAACUAAAAACAAAUGAACCAACCUCUAAAAGUUAGUAUUUUCUGAAUUUUUCUUUUUGUAAAAUAUAGCAAGCUAUGGUUUAUUUCCUUGAUUUAUCAAAUAUGUUGAAGACAAAAAGAUCAUAGUCACUUCUAUAUGAUUUUAAUUGUAUGAUAUUUCAGUCUAAGAUCUUAAAAGUGUUAAUCUAUUGUUAAAUUUGUAAAAGUGGGUUGCAAAAGUAUUUAUAGGAAUUCAUGACCUUAAUAAUAUAAGAAGCUGAAGAAAAUUUUAAUUUCCCAAACUUGUAAAUUAGUGUCAAUAUAUGUUUCAGACUGUUUAAAUAGGUACAACAAAUAAGGGAGAUAAGUGUCUUUGAUUACUUUAGGUUGACAGAGUUGUGUUUAGUUGGUACUCAAAAAUUUGUCACAUAUUUGUCAAAUUCAUACAUUAUUCAUGCCUUUUUUAAAAAAAAAGUAAAAGGUGAGAUUUUUCUAGUUUCUAUAAACAAAAUCUAAAGUGAUGGAAUAUGACAUGAUAUUUAGCAAACUAAAUCUUUUUAAAAGCAUAUAUUCAUGAGAUACUAUUUGUUCCUCAACUACACGGCUAAAUAAAACCAUGUAAGGAAGAAAUAAAUUUCAAAGCUCUUUAUCCACGUUAUCUAACAAUACAUGCAAAUACUUCACAAAAGCAAGCCCUGUGAUACAACUGAAAGAAGCAGAAACUGAAAUAAUAUUUUAAAAACAAAUGGAUCUGAACACAACAUAAUCAGGUUUCUAAAUCAAAUAAACUUGUCUAUGAUUCUCUGGGAGAUUAUAGGAAUGAAUGGUAUCACUACUAUAACUAUACCUGAAUGAUAAGGAAAGAAAAGAAACCCAAUAUGCAAAAUGAUAAAGAAGAAGCUGGGUAAACUAUUGUCCAUAAAUAUAAUAGACUAUUGUGCCAUAAGAUACAAGAAGUUUAAAGAAAAUAAAAUAUAAAAUUGAUAUGAAGUGAUAAGGAAUGAAUCACAGAAUCUCAUUGAUAUAUACUGACUAUGACUAAAUAAAAAGAAUUGAGGCAGAAUUCAAAAAGAUACAAAGAAGAAAAAGAAUGUCUGAAGGGGACAUGGGAGCAAACAGGACAUUUCUAUUAUUAUUCUGUUAAAAUUUAACAUACACUUAAAAAUAAAUUGCAAAUAAUUUGAAGCUUAUGCUAUUAGGUGCUUUUUGUUUACUUGAAUGUUUUAUUGAUGAUUAUUAAGUUAACAUUUUUCUCAAAAGAAGUUUCAAAAAUUAGUCAAUAAUCAUAAAAUUUAAAAAUUGUAAGGGACAUCAGAAGUCACAUGAAAGAAAAAGGAGUAUUAUUAAUAUUAGCCCCAUAUUGCUCUUCCUUUUUCUCCGCUCCCUUUUGGAAGGAUGAUUACUUCACA